AUGUCAACUCCAGCAAGACAACGGCUAAUGAAUGAUUUUAAAAGAUUGCUUGAUGAACCACCAACUGGAGUGUCGGGAGCUCCUACAGAUGACAAUAUGUUGAUAUGGAACGCCGUUAUAUUUGGGCCUCUCGACACACCUUUUGAAGACGGAAUAUUCAAGUUGAAAUUAAUGUUUUGUGAAUUCUACCCUAAGCGGCCACCACUAGUAAAAUUCGAAUCCAAAAUGUUCCAUCCGAAUAUAUACGGGGAUGGUCUUGUGUGUCUCGACAUUUUGUUUCAUAAGUGGAAUGAAACAUAUGAUGUAUUCGCAGUCUUAACAUCCAUUCGAUUUUUACUAAGUGAACCUAACCCCAAUUCACCUGCAAAUACAGUGGCGGCAAAGAUUUACAAAGAAGAUCGUGAGGAGUAUAACAAACAGGUCAAGAUGUGUGUAGAACUAACUUUUGACUUUGAUGACUAA